AUCCUACAGCAUUGGCGCCACUAAUUUUAUCCCGAACUUGCUCCCAUUCCCGGUUGUGGCGGCAUCGUCUUCACAGGAACUGUCGUCAACUUUGGCAGGCGAACAAUACCGCGAGAGCUCCCUUUAAGUGGCCGCUUGGCCAUACCGGCGCCAUGGCGCCUGGAUCUGCCGAAAAGAAGGCAGAAAAGUCCUAUCUCGCCUCGGCUGUGGAUUCAAUCAACCCCUGGGCUGGCAGCCGGAGUGCGGCACCAACUCCGAAAGAUCCCCAGCCGGCGGUAUCCACGUCGAACUCGACUGAUCAUGUCACCAACCCCUUUUAUGGUCAGAGUAUUGGGCGAUACCCGCCGGACUGUCCGCCCUUGAAAGUGAGAUGGUUUCACGCUGUCGAUAUUCCAAAGCGCAAGCCCAAGUUUAUGUUAUCCAAAACUAGCGGGGAGACAAAGCCUACUCCGCCCAAGAAGUUUGUUCCGUUUUCGAUCGAAGACUCCCGAGCAAUAGAGGCUGCAUACCAGGGCAAGCUCCAGGAGUUGGAAGAGGAGAGAGAGAAAAGCAAGGGGAAUGGCAGCUCGGGUGCUGUGACACAACGACCUCGCGCGAUUUCCACAGAAGGGACGCAAAGUGGAGAUUCCUCAGCUUCUGCCACCACCGUCCCCGUGAACGAAGAUUUUCUGUUCGACGUCCACCUUGAGAACAGAGAACUCACUCCUGUCUAUUGGGAGGGGCCGGUGUAUGAUGUUCGCCGCGGUAGUUGGUUUUACCAAGAGGGGUCUGCCCUCCGCCCUUGUGAGGAGAACCUGGCCGCUCAACUGGAGGAGGGCUACCUCAAAAUUAAACCUUGGCAAUAUCCGCUGAGGUCGCGUAGCAACUCAGCGUCUAAGACAAAUCCGCAGAAGGCUUCGGCCGGGAGUCUAAAUGCAGCCUCUGAGACCCAGGGUGAUGCUUCGAAGAAAGAGCCGCCUGCGCCGCAGCAUCAGCCGCAAACUUACCGCCUCUUUGGAAAUUACAUGAACAGCGUGGUGACAUAUCAGGACUCAAACACGGCAUGGCUAUCGUCCGACGGCGUAUUAUCAUGGGUGACUUCAACGGUCUACGAAAGGUUCGCUGGCGGAGGCUACAUGAGCGGUGUGAAGCUGGUCCGAGGGUAUACCGAGCCGAAGAAGUCCAAAGAAGAAAAACGCCCAUCUACCCCAGAAGGCAGCAGAUCGACAUCGAAAGAGCGCGACGGUAAAUUGUCGGGUGCAUUCAAAAGACGAUCCGAACCCCCGCCUACCAGAGGGGAUGGCACGAAGGAGGAUGUUCAUGACGACCUUGAAAGCACCCGAAAUCGGUUAACGCGGCAACUCUCAAACUUAAUCGAGAGGCCCGAUGACCCGGAAGCAGAGGAGGAGGCCAUCCGCGAGCGUGAGGAGAAGGAGAUCUCCGACGACUACAACACAAGAGUCGACGACAACCAAGGUCGGAAGAUUGAGCACUUAGUGCUUGUUACUCACGGCAUUGGGCAACUUCUCUCGCGCAGGAUGGAGAGUAUCCACUUCGUGCACGAUGUCAAUACGCUCAGGAAGACGAUGAAGUCGGUCUACUCGGCUUCCGCGGAUCUGCGAGCAUUAAACUCGGAGAUCGAUGAGCCCGGGCUUGGAAACUCGCGUGUGCAAGUGUUACCUGUCAUCUGGCGCCAUCUCCUCGAUUUUCCCAAGCGCAAGCCUAAACGGGGCGAACGUGACCUUGGUGAAGUGAUCAACGAGGAGGACGACUACCCCUCUUUGGAAGACAUUACGAUUGAAGGAGUGGCGUUCGCGAGAUCGCUCAUAUCCGAUCUUGCCCUAGAUGUCCUCCUCUAUCAAAGCGCCUACCGGGAACAAAUCGCCGAAAUUGUACUCCGCGAGUCGAACCGUAUCUACCGACUCUUCAAGCAACGCAACCCUGACUUUAACGGCAAAGUCCACAUUGUCGGACACUCGCUGGGCUCUGCAAUCAUGUUCGACAUUCUCUGCCGGCAAAAGGAAAGAGCCCGGGUCACAGAGUCACCCAGGAAUCCUCUUCGAAUCUGGCCCGCUUCUCCGGACCGUUACGAGUCCAAGGAACAGAAAGAGUUAGCUUUCGACUUUGAUGUGGAGGACUUCUACUGUCUUGGUUCUCCCAUUGGGCUGUUCCAAAUGCUCAAAGGCCGCACGAUCUCUGCCCGAAACCUCCCCAAUGCUCUCCCAUCCGAAAGCCCUCUGAAUCCAGACUACAUGGAUGACCCUUUCCUGGAUCCACCUUCGCAGCCCUACCCCAAUCAGCAAGUUUCGCCCAUUACCGGCCUCCCUUUCAACGUCUCCUCGCCCAAAGUCGGUCAGCUGUUCAACAUCUUUCAUCCCUCGGAUCCCAUAUCGUACCGCCUCGAGCCCCUCAUCUCGCCCAUCAUGACAACCCUCAGACCCCAAAACCUACCGUACACCAAGAAGAGUAUCUUCAAUUCUGUCGCCCCGCAGAGCCUGACCGGUAUUGGGGCCAAAGUAGGCCAAAGCGUCUCCGGCUUGUGGAAUAGUCUCAGCGCGGGCAUCGCCAGUAACCUCCUGAACCGCAGCCUGGGACUAACCAAUGAAGACGUGGCAAAGAUCACCGCUUCACAGCAGCAACAGCACCCCCAAAGCCCCGGUGCUGGGACCAACAUAUCGGCGGGCGUCAUCCCGAACAGCAGAGCGCUCACGGACGCGGAGCGCAGUGAAAAGACGGCGGAGCGCAUGCGGCAGCUGGCUAAUGGUGCAGCUAGUGGUGAUGGGGCAGGCACGCUGAUUGACGAUGAGCUGGAGACGCUGUUCAGUAGGUUUCAAAAGAGCCGGGCUAACCUAGCGAGCAAAGACGGCAAGCAAGAUUCUGCAUCUGGGAAAGGACAGGAAAAUGCGGCCGCUGCGACGCUGAGCCGGGAGAAAUGGCUGGAGGAGGAGCGUAAGGCACAGAAGUUGAAGAGAGAGGAGGCAAAGGUUAGGGCACUGAAUCGAAACGGGAGGGUGGACUAUUGCAUCCAGGAGAGCGUACUCGACUUCAACCCAAUCAAUACCAUUGCCUCGCAUGUAAGCUAUUGGGCAGACGAGGAUGUUAGUCAUUUUAUGCUGUCGCAAAUGUUGGCAGGCAAGGGGCAGACGCCAAAGAAGUGAACUCACUGGUGGCUGGCUGUAAGGAGCGUUUAGGACCAGGACGAGGCGAAGAGGCAUCUAUGGCGUUUUAAGACGGCAAGGCGUAAAUUGGAUUACUAGAAGGCCGUAGAUACUUUCCGAGACGGUGUUGUUUUUUCCUUUAUUUGCUGAAUUUUUU